AUGCGCGACCUUGACCCUUUAGAUCCAGAUUAUGUACAAGAUGUUCUUUCUAAACCUCCUUUUGUGACCAUUCCUGGUGUCAUAAAUGUCAGGGAUCUCGGAAAUUAUCCUUCAACUACAGAAAAGGGCCUCAUUACAAGACCAGGAUAUCUCUUUCGCUCUGCAGAAUUAUCUGGCAUCACAGAGGAUGGCAAAGUCAAAUUGAGGGAACUUGGUGUAACAAAGGCUUUCGAUCUUCGCUCUGACACAGAAAUACGGAAAUACAAUACGCCAUUACCUCAAAUCGAUGGGGUAGAAGUUGUGCACACCCCAGUAUUUCAAACAGCGGACUACAGCCCGGAGAUGAUGGCCAAGAGAUAUCAACUAUACGCAAGUGGAAAGACCGAGGCAUUUUUGGAGCUAUAUUCCCAAAUCCUUGAUAAUGGAGGACGUGCCUUCGGGGCUAUUCUGCGACAUGUGCGAGACAGACCAAACGAAGGUUGCGUGUUCCACUGCACUGCUGGCAAGGAUAGAACUGGCAUUAUGGCCGCCAUUUUUCUCAAGCUGGCCGGCGUGGAUAACGAAUUGAUCUCUCGCGAUUACGCCCUCACGCGAGUGGGUAGGGAACCUGCAAGAGAGAUGAUUAUGGCUAGGCUCUCGAAAGAGCCUCUUUUUGCCUCAAAUAAUGAAGCUGCCCUAAACAUGUUUACCUGCCGUCAUGAAACGAUGCAAGCAUUUCUCCAACACUUCGACGAAAAAUAUGGCGGAGCUGUAACGUAUCUGAAAGAGUAUGUUGGCUUCUCAGACGAAGACAUAGUAACGAUUAGGAGGAACAUUCUGACUCCCGGUCUACCACGACUAUGA